UAGUAUUGUGGGCUCACUCGACGACGCUGUAGGCAUGCAGCGUACAAGCCUCAAAAAGCUUUGCCAAUAAAAUAGAAUGGAAUAAGAGCCCCUUCUCCUUCCACUAUCCUUGUCGAAGAAGAAUUUUGUGGCGAUGUCGAUUCCAAGCUUUGACGAUGACGAUGAGCCAUGGCUGUCCUGGUGUUCCCUUGCCCCCCCCUUUCCUGAGCACGCAGAUUUCGUGUAGGAGGAAUUAGGGUUUAAUUUUUGGGACGGAGAGAUUAAGAUAGUGAGCGAGAGAGAGGAUGGAGGGUUGGUAGAAGUAUUGGAGAGGGUUGCAGCGAUGGUGGGAUGGCACGGUGUGGACAUAGUGUCGACGGGGGAGAGCUGGAUCGAUGGCUUGGACUGGACGCCUGUCGAGGUUGGCAACCGCGUGGCGCAGAAGAGCUCUGGGAGAUCCUUGAUUCUCGCUGGGGACGGGUUUCUGUUGCCGGCCGAGGCAGUUGUCGAAGAGGCACGUGGGGCAGUUCUUGUGAAUUUGGAGAUAGCCGGCACCUUAUUUGUUACAAAUUUCCGACUAGUUUUUUUGGGUGGGGGUGCAAAGCAGCCAUUACCUCUUGGAACUAUUCCCUUACUUACCAUCGAAACCUUCGCUAAACAGGUUGCAAAAAUACCUUUAAGUUCUUCAAGUGCAGCUUCAAGGCGUUUGCUCACAAUAGUUGGGAAGGAUUUACGAACUAUUACUUUUGGUUUUUUGCCUCACACUAAGCAGAGGAGGAAGGUGCGCGAAGCUUUGGCAUAUCGGACUAGACCUACAAGAUUAUGGGAUUUGUAUACUUUUUCAGACGCUUACCCCUCUAGCGGGGACCCACGCCAACGAUUGCGCGCGGAGUAUAUCCGCUUAAUGUCAGGGAAUACCCAUGGUUUUCAGAAUAUGAUGGAACAAUCCAAACGUGGCAGUGCCUGGCGACUUUCUGAAGUGAAUUCAAAUUACAGUAUUUGUCCAACAUAUCCAUCGCUUUUGGUGAUGCCAGCAUGUAUUAGUGAUCACGAUGUUCAGCAGGCUGCUCUUUUCCGUUCAAGGGGUAGGCUCGCGCAUCUUUGCUGGCAGCACCCUGAUAAUGGAGCUGUGCUUGCUCGAUCUUCUCAACCGUUCACAGGGUUUGUGAGUUCGCGCAGUAAGGAAGAUGAACAACUUGUGGCUGCUGUUUGUAAUACUGCAAAUCAACGCAGGAAACUGUAUAUUGCUGAUGCUCGACCUAGGAAGAAUGCACUAGCCAAUGGUGUGACGGGUGGCGGAUCGGAAUCAUCAGCUAAUUAUCUACAAUCUGAGGUAAUUUUCUUGGGCAUCGAUAACAUUCAUGGGAUGCGUGAUAGCUUGACUAAAAUGCGUGACUUCUUGGACAUUCAUGGUGCGGCCUCCUCUGAUGGAUCGUCUUCCUUAUUGCGAAGUGGAGGACGCGCAUGGGUUGGAGGGAACGUGGCUAGUGUAGCCGGAGCAGCUUCCGCGUUGGGGGAUAGUGGCUGGCUACUUCACUGUCAUAAGAUUCUGACUAGUGCAGUUUGGAUUGCAGCCCGUAUCCACCUUGAGGGUGCCUCUGUCUUGGUUCAUUGCAGUGAUGGAUGGGACAGAACAGCACAAUUGGUUUGUUUGGCAAGCCUUCUCCUUGAUCCAUACUAUCGUACAUUUCAGGGCUUUCAGGCACUGAUAGAGAAAGAUUGGCUGGCUUUUGGGCAUAUGUUUUCUGAGCGACUUGGAAUACCUACAUUCACUGGGACACGGAACUUGAAUAAUGCAACUAGCUCAGUAAUGCGGCAAGCGGGGCAGCCUUCCACCUCUCCAGUGCGAGCGGCUGUCGAGAAUUCGUCUUCACCUGCGGGCAAUAAUUCUCCUGGUGCACAGUCCAGUCAGUACUCGCCAAUUUUCUUGCAGUGGAUGGAUGCUGUGGCACAGCUUUUGCGAAUUUACCCAAGUGCCUUUGAGUUUACCCAAGCCUUCCUUGUGGAGCUCUUGGAUUGCGUGCUUUCAUGUCGGUUCGGGAACUUCCUCUGCAACAGCGAAAAGGAAAGGGUUCAAGGAGGAAUCACAGAGUCCACUGCUUGUGUGUGGGCGUAUUUGAAGCAGUUGCGUGAUCAAAAGGGGAGAGAACAUGAACACUACAACUUGUUUUACAAUAGCGCUCAAAAUGCUGGAGUUCUUCUACCACCUGCUGCAGCCACUGCUCCUAGUUUGUGGCGCCAGUAUUUUUUACGCUGGUCUUGCCCCAGCCUUGCAAACAGCGGGGGCAGCCCUCCCGUAGGCUGGACUCAUGGUGGUGAUCUUGAAACUGCUGCUCAUGUUCUUGCAGAGAGAUUCUCGUCUGUCCGAAACGCAAAAGAAAAAGCAGAAGAAAAAGUGCAAGAAUUGUUGGCAGAAAAGAGGGCGCUAAUGGAACAGUUGCGGGAGGAACAGCAAGCACGGUUGUCAGCUAUGGCUGCUGCAAUGCGUGGACGACGGGAGACAGCAGCUUUGAAGCAGGUUAUUGAGGCUGUUGGUUGCAAGAUUCGUAUAAAUAGUGUUGCACCACAACUUAUAGAUGCUUCAGAUGAAGAUAGUCCGGAUACGGGGCGUGGAGGCAAUAUAGGCCAGAAUCCAAGUAAUCAAGGUGGCAAUUCAAGAGAGAAUGACAGCGACGAACAGCAGCUUUCAGUGUCUGUGUCUAUGCGCCCAGAUACAGAUUCAACUACAGAUGUAAUUCGAAGACCCUGUGGGGCUGAAUACCACAGUAGCUGUAGGCUGCGACCAGGAGAAACUUGUCGUUGGCCUCAAACUAGCUGUGCUAGAAUAGGCAGUUCCUUUAUUGGGCUGCGAGCUGAUUUUGGUGCAUUAGAACGGCUUUCAAUUUUGGAUUCCUAUUUUGACUCGGAGCAGGCAGAUAUAGAAGGGGAACGCGACACGCCGCAGCCACCCUCACACAUCUCUGGUGUCACUUAAGUUUGAUAGUGGGAAUAUUCGCGUAAAACUAAAUGCUACGCUAUUGCUUACAGUCAUAUGGUUUCUCUGAAGUGGGGCAUUUUAUGUCCUAAAUCAAAUGCAGGUUUAGUUAUCAUACAUCACCCCGGAUCCCAAUCAUAGCAAUACACCUUAGUUCUAUCUCUUGGAGUUGGGUAGAGCGUUAAUGGCUGGUCUGAGUGACCUUCCCGUGUUUCGAAGGAGAAUUCAAUCAAGCAUCUGUUUUCUGGAUAACCUUUUCCUCUUAUGUUCUGUGACACGAAAUUUCAGGUUUACAUUAAUCUACUAGAUUGCACUUCUAUUCAAUAGAGCUCUUGCAUUACAGUGCGGUAAGUCACGUUGCUGAAGUAGGUUCUAGAAUUGUUGCUCAUUCAACAAUCAUUAUAUAGGCGAAGUGCGCUGUUGUGUCCCCUAGCAAGGUUAACUUACAUACAGUUUCAUGUCCUUCAAUGAAGGCGGGGUAGUACCUGAGCAAGCCUUUGUCUUGGGAAGAACAGUGUCUGUGACACAAUUUGGGGAUACUCAGGAUUUAUGAUAAUACUCAGACUCAGAGAGAACGAUUCUAAAUCGCUCUUCUUGCGUUUGGGUCCUUUGUGCGCAAUCUUCAGAUACGAGGAGCAAUAGUAAUGAAGGGAGGGUAUGUGGAGACCUCAACCAGAGGACUUCACACAUUUGAUCUCGGUAUUUUUUUAUCCUUCACCUUCAAUUUACCUAAAAAUUCCAGUUCGCUUGUUUGUUCAGCUGAACUGGUCUAGUUUUGAGAGGAUAGACCCUGAUUAUUUGCUACGCAGAUCUUCUGCUACGAUCAGGAUUGAGCAUACAGUGUGUUCAUUGAUGGGCUUCUUACGGAUAUUUCUGGCAAGCUUCUCUCUUGGCAGUGACUGUGUCAAAUGCGUGGACAUUGACAUUAAGCUUCUCUUGAACAUUUAGGGGAGCAGUUAGAGAUAUGACCUCAGAUGUAGCGUAUAAUUAUAAUGACAAACACGUUUUUUCAAGGAA